UUGUUUAUAAUGUAGCUGCAUCUGAAGAAAUAUAACGUGGCUUUGUCUAAUGCUGAAUAACAACAUAGGGCAUCAUUUAAUGGUACAUCAAGCAAUGAUUCCAAGAAACCUGAAGCCGUUUCCUUACAUCUGUGGUAACAGAAUGUUGUCGGGUUACAAACCUAAAAGAAAUGUCAAGGACUCUUACAAAAUUCUUGAGCUUGCGGAAGGAUGUUCCCUGGAUGAUAUCAGAAACUCAUACCGAAGUCUUGCCAAAAAAUACCAUCCAGACAGCGGCUCUGCCACAGCUGAUUCCGAAGCAUUUAUGAAAGUGGAAGAAGCGUAUAGAGUCGUGCUCAGUGAUGUGGCAACCAAAAAGAAAUCAAAUGAGAAUAAUGAAGAGGAGGAAGAUCAGCUCAAAUCAAAAGCACCACAGCAUAGACACUACUUGAGUUUCGAAGGCGUUGGUUUUGGAACACCAAGCCAAAGAGAAAAGCAAUACAUGCAAUUUCGAGUAGACCGUGCUACUGAACAAGUGUUGGAGUACCGUAAGCAGAGACUGGAAAGCCAGUAUGCUGUGUCUGACCUAAUGAAAGCCAAAGAUGUGAGGCAGAGCAAAAAGGUGAAGAUAACUCAAGCAGUUGAACGGUUGGUUGAGGACCUCAUCCAGGAAUCGAUGGCGAAAGGAGACUUUGACAAUCUCAGUGGCAAAGGAAAACCUUUGCAGAAAUUUUCACACUGUCCACAUGUUGACCCUAUGACUCACAACUUGAACAGGAUUCUGAUAGACAAUGGAUACCAGCCAGAGUGGAUCCUGAUGCAGAAGGAAAUACGGGAAACCAUUGAGCAGUUAAGGAAGAGUAUAGUGGCAUCUAGAAGUAAGCUUGCAGGGCCAAUGACACCAUAUAGGCAAAAGCAAUGGAAUCGUAUUUGUGAGCAGUUUAUAGAAGAUAUCAGGAAAUUAAACAAAAGAAUUGACAACUUCAAUUUAGUUGUUCCUAUUCUGAGCAGACAAAUGGUGCACUUCAAUGCUGACAAAGAAAUUGUUCGAGCACAGAAGACUUAUGAAGCUUUGAUGGAAAACAGAGAGGCUUCUAAUGCAGACGCAAAGGAAAAUGAAGAGGAAAAUGUUAAAAGGUUUGGGUGGAAGUCGUCUCUGUUCAAGUGGUUAAACCUUACACUGAAAUAA